AUGUGGAGCGAUCGUGUCUCCGAUGCCAUGGACGUAAGGUCCGUUGUGACCGGGCCAUGCCCUGCUCGACAUGUCUUCGAUCCAAUACUCCGUGCCAAUACCCAGGCCCGGGACGGAUUAAGCGCCGCUCAACAAGACAAUCCACUCAAAGGAUCAUCUUCCCCCUCGGUAUUGCCCCCCGAAGCGGAUACCAACACGCCAAGGUCAACCGCUCAUCGCACUGCACCGACAGAAGGCUUUUUGGUGAAAGACGGCACUUCCACCCGAUAUGUCAACGAGUUGUUCUUCUCGCGCGUCUUAGAGAAAGAGAACAAGCUUCAAUCGGCCAUUAACACUCCGGCGAGUACCAACUGCAGCGAGGGGGGCAGCCUAACGGCUGGGUUUGAUGGUCUCAUCUCCAACCCUCAGCUAUCAGUAGACAUCCAUGCUCUCUACCCGUCUCGGAGACAGGCUACGCAAUUAUGGCAGAGUUACUUGAACAACGUGGACGUUCUCCUAAAAGUGCUUCACAUCCCGACCACGCAACCCGUCAUAUUUGCUGCCAUCAACAACGCGAAGAAUAUCUCUCUAGACCAAAGUGCUCUUCUCUUCUCCAUUUAUUAUGCGGCAGUGACAAGCCUUCGCGCAGCUGACAUCCUGUUAAUGUUUGGAGAGGACCGGCAAUCAGUGCUCAAGCGUUUUCAACGGGGAUUGGAAGUGUCCUUACAUAUGGCCAAAUUCUUGGAUUCGCCCACGAUCAUAUCCCUACAAGCCAUGUCAAUCUACUUGGUGAAUACGGCCCCCCACGCUGCACGUACCUUUGUCGCAUUGGUUCUUCGAAUGGCCCAGUGCAUUGGCCUACACCGUGAUGGCGAGCAGUUCCAUCUUCCUCCAUUCGAGUGCGAGAUUCGACGUCGGUUAUGGUACCAGAUUUUGAAUUAUGACGCUCGGGUUAGCGAAGACCAUGCUCUGUCUACUAAUGGAUCUGGUGGCUUCUCUGACACAAAGAUGCCUCUCAAUGUGGACGACCGAKACAUUUACCCAAAUAUGGAAGCGGCCCCAGUCUUAGAACCACGAUGGACAGAAAUGACCCUAUUUCUGGUCGCUGCCGAGAUGAACCAAGCACUGCAGAAAGUGUAUCAGCUUUCUGUGGCGCUGCUGAAUGGGACCGACAAAAUGGCAAGCUUAGAGCAACUUUUAAGAACAACUACGACACGCAUAAAGGAUUGCUACUUACAGCACUGCGAUUCCAACAUACCUAUUCAGAAGGCUGCAGUGCUAUUAGGGCAGGUGCAGAUUGGGAAACUCAACCUCUUUGUCAACCAGCAAUACCUCCGGGGUCUAAGCGCGGAAGAAUCCGCUGCGCGAGCCACCGAGCAGACACUGUUAUUGGCAUGCGACACUAUUGAUAUCGGCAACGAGCUGAAAACGGAUGAGCUUCUGAGCAACUUUCACUGGCUCUUCUCGACUUUUACUCAAUAUCACCUGCUGACAUACACUCUGUGGCAUCUAUGCGUUCGGCCCGGAGUGCGCUGCGCCGAUAGGGCCUGGCAAGUGGUCGAUAGGUCUUUUGAAUUGGUAGAGAAUCCCAGCUGGCCAAGCCCCGGUCCCAAGUGGAAUGUAUUACGAAAUCUUCGAGACAAAGCAUUGGACAUCCGGCGUUCUUUCUCUUCAAGUCAUUUCACGUCUAACCUAAAUUCUUCGAAGAAUCCAGUCAUUCCCCGAACUAUAGGCCAGCUGGUUGACGACUCUAGGAGAGAGGUGGUUCCUAGCAGUAUUAUGGGGCUCGAAGAUAUGGAUUGGAAUCUUGAUUCGAUCUGCUUUCCAGAUUGGGAUCCUUCAAGCUUGUGGCUGGCGGGGCCAUGA